ACAACAAGGUAAAGAUCAUUUCAGAGUCAAGUCAUAUGAUAAAUUAUCCGAGAGACAGAAGAAUUUGUGGAUAAAAUUUGAUUACUGCCGAGUAAAGAUGGCUAACAUCUCAAAUCUAGGAAGUGUCAUCAGUAAUAUCGAUGACAUUGAAAAAGACCUGAGUUUGCCAAUUGGGGCUCAGGUGGCCACAAGUUUACUUCAGCAGAGAGCCAAUGAUGUUCGAGCUAAUCGUGUCAACUGGCAAAGCUAUGUACAGGGGCAGAUGAUUUCUCAGGAGGACUACAAUUUUAUUUAUCAAUUUGAUAAUGCUAACAGUGAGACAAAGUCGGCCAUGUUGAAGGAGGCUGGACCACAGUUUGCCCGGACUUUCUUCAAUCUGAUGAGUCAAAUUGCCAAGGACCAGACCUUGCAGUAUAUCCUGACCAUGUUGGAUGAUGUUCUACAGGAGGACAAGUCACGAGUAGAGAUCCUGAAAGAGUAUGCUAAACAGAUGAAGGAGUCAGUGUGGACACCAUUCAUACAUCUCCUCAACCGGAACGAUAGGUUCAUUGUCAAUCAGACAAGUAGAAUCAUUGCAAAGAUUGCCUGCUGGAGUAAAGAGUUGAUGGGAUUAGACGAUCUCCGGUUCUACAUGGACUGGUUAAAGAACCAGCUCAGACUCCCUGGCAAUGAAUACAUACAAACAGCAGCCCGGUGCCUCCAAAUGAUGCUUCGAAUUGAAAAAUAUCGCCAAGUAUUUGUAGAUGUUGAUGGAAUAGCAACGAUUGUCUCGGUUCUGUUAGGGAGUAAGGUCGGCUUCCAGAUCCAGUACCAGCUGAUCUUCUGUCUGUGGUGCCUCAGCUUCAGUACCCACAUCGCGGAGAGAAUGAGCAAAGAUAAGAUCAUCCCAGUGCUGUCUGACAUCCUGAGUGAGUGUGUGAAGGAGAAAGUGUCCCGCAUUAUUCUGGCCACCUUCAGGAAUAUUUUGGAGAAGCCGGAGGAGAGAGAUUUGAUCCACGAGCACGCUGUUGCCAUGGUGCAGUGUAAAGUGCUCAAACAGCUCGAGCUCCUGGAGGCCAGGAAGUUUGACGACCCUGACAUUGUGGACGACCUUGAAUUCCUCAAUGAGAAACUCCAGGAGUCUGUCCAAGAUCUCAGUUCGUUUGAUGAGUACACUUCUGAGGUGAAAUCAGGUCGGCUCGAGUGGAGUCCCGUUCAUAAGAAUGAGAAAUUCUGGAGGGAAAACGCAAUCAGGCUCAACGAAAAUAAUUAUUCUCUUCUCAAGAUGUUGGUUCGACUUCUAGAGAGUAGCAAAGACCCCUUGAUUCUAUCAGUGGCAGCCCAUGACCUUGGAGAAUAUGUUCGCCAUUAUCCCCGUGGAAAAGUUGUGAUAGAACAGCUGGGAGGGAAACAGAUGGUGAUGCAAUACCUGUCCCAUGAGGACCCCAAUGUCCGAUUCGAGGCCCUCAUAGCUGUCCAAAAACUGAUGGUUCACAACUGGGAAUACCUCGGAAGACAGUUACAGUCGGACCAACCCAAGGACAACCCUGGCCUGGUACAGACUGCGGCGUAGGAACGCGGGCCGUGUAGGGACUACUUAAUAUACUAGUCAAUGACAUUUACUCCAGAGUCUGUAGAGUAGGGAAGCCAUGACAUUCCAGGAGGGUGUGUUCAGGGGAGCUAACUGUGAUCUAUAGGACGCAAACAUGGACCAGAGUAGAGAUGUUAAAAUGGAGCCAUCUCUUCAUGCAACAUACUCCAUUAUGGUUACCUUUUUUUUUCAGUUGUUUGUUUUGAUGUUUUAUAAAUUGUGGGUAAGUUAUGACAAGAUUUUGGUAAUGAUACUAGUUUUUUAAAACAAAAUAACUAUUUAAUUGCAUGGUCCUAUAUUUAUAGUAAUGGAUAGUGAAUUCCAUUGAAUGUACA